AUGUACGACACAAGACAGUCGUCAAGACCGCUAUCCUAUGCACCAACGCCUUAUGGAUAUACACCCAACAUCUCCCUCUCUGCAAGGAUCAACCUGGACGAAGAGGUCAAGCUUGCAGACUCGGCCGCAGAAAGAGAUGUAGUCGAUUCUCUCGCCGAAAUCUACAGCAUCAUUCGGACUUUGGAUGGAUUGGAAAAAGCAUACAUCAGAGAUGCGCUACCAGAAAAUGAGUACUCAGAGAUCUGCUCCAAACUGCUCAAGCAGUACAAGUCCAUACUCAAUGAUGAAACGGUCUCACACGAGUUCGUGGACCUCGACACCUUUUGUCGGACAUGGGAUAUCGAGUGCCCGCGGGCCAAGGAACGGCUGCGAGUAGGCUUGACUGCAGAUGAGGUUCUGGUGACUCGGCCUGCAGCAUCAGGGCCAACGCCUGCCCCUGCUGCAUCCGGCAGCCUCAUCCUGACUGCGACAGAGAACUUCAUCACCUUCCUUGAUGCGUUACGUUUGAGCAUGGUGUCCAAAUCUGCUCUUCAUCCUCUUCUGUCCGAUGUCAUUCAGUCCGUGAACAAGGUCACCGACCAAGAUUUCGAGCACCGUGGCAAGAUCAUACAAUGGCUCAUUACAUUAAACCAGAUGAAGACGAGCGAAGAGCUAAGUGAAGAACAAGCUCGAGAUCUUGCCUUUGAUAUGGAGCAGGCCUACAAUGGCUUUAAAUCUACCAUCCACUGA